AUGCAAAGGUACUGUCAUGAAGCUGGCCUGGCUGUAACUGCAUCUCGACCACAGGGAAAGUGGCAGUGUUAUUUCGCAAGAGCUUCAAUCAGUAAAUUGCACGAAAUCAAUGUUGUCAGUCUCCUGAUCCAAAAUUAUUUUCUGCAAAAUGAAGCUACGCAGUGGAGAGUACGGUCGCAACGGCGUAAUUUGGGUUACUCGAUAGUGACGAAGUCUCGAUUUUUGAAAGAUUGGUCAGAAGGUUGA